AUGUGUCUUGCGACAGCUAAGACUAUAUCCUGCUACAGCAAGGAUAUCUACGAUGUCUCCUGUGGCAACGAGGAUUAUAACCUGCUACUGCAAAGUUAUGUUUACGGAGGAUCCUGUGACAACAAGGAUUGCUGGGUUGUCCUGCUAUUGCAAGGACCGAUCGGUGUUGCUUGGUUGCUUGCUUCACUCAAAACGGCUGGCUUCUCGGCCUUUUGGCUAAGGGGCUACAGGGUCCACGUCGACGCAAUUGUCGUGGGAGCCCUGGGCACGUGGGACCCGAUUAACGAGAGGGUCCUGAAGCUACUCCACGUGUCCAGGAGCUAUGACUCUCUGAUGAGGCGAUUGAUCGUGUCGGAGACGGUGCAUUGGUCGCGAGACAUCUACGUCGAGCACGUCUCCGGCACUAGACAGUAG